AAACACAACCAUUAAAUAAUUAUAAUCAAACUUCUUCAAAACAACUGUAUCAACGGUUUACAGCUAUCAACCAAACAACAACACUAUGUAAUAAUUAUUUAUGAAACAAACUCAAAUUCAAUAUAGCUUGCUUGAUUUGACUUGAGAAUGUUUCACAUAUUUAGAUUUAAGCCAAAGGUAAGGGACCAAGGAGGUUCUACAUGUUUUGCCGUCCAUUUUUGAACAUUCAUCCAAAUGGAAUAAGAAUUGAAUUGAUUUGAGACAUUACUAUUUACUCCCAACAAAAGUGCCGUUACACCAUAAAAAGCAAUGCCCCACCACGUGUUCAUCCUCCUUGUCCAACCUCUUUCUACGUGUCAAAUUCAAACAUUUAAACAAAAUUAAUUUCGAUUUCUUUUUUUGGCCUUUACAAUCUCUUCAAUCUCAUCCUAAUUUGUACUUUUUCGACAAUUUUCAUGUGUAUCUAUGACUAUACCACAUUGUUCAAUUCAAUCUUUUGAUCCAAGAUUUUAAUACCCAUCAAAAUCCUAUUCUCAGAUUGUUAUUUGUCCAAAAAUUUAUCAUUUAUCUUGAAAAAAGUUUGAUUCUUGGAGCUUUUUAGCAAAUUUGGGAAUCUGGGUUUUGGGUUUCUUGCAAUUUUGGUUUUGGGUUUUGUUUCUUGAAAUGAAUGAGCUUGAUGAACAGCCUGUAUUUGAGAUUGCUCUAGUGUUAUCAAAAGAAGAAGAAAAGAUAGAAGAUGAAGACAUACAUGAUGCUUGGAAGGUUUUGGUUGAUGAAUUGAAGAAGGCUGGCUUGUUAGUUGAGACAGUUCCUGGUCUUGGUCAUGGGUUUAUUAAGUUGGCAGCACCUUUGGAAGCUUUGGGAAAGGCUGCAGCAGAAUUACAGAUAAGGAAACGAACAAAUAUAGGCAUGGACUUAACUUUUGAGUGGGAUCAAGUUAAGGCCUUUGCUAGACUGGCUGAUGGCUCAUUGUUCAGUUGGUGUGAACGUCAUCACUGCUACCGUCACUUGAUUUAUGGAAUUGUGAAUCGGAGCAAGUUGGCAAUACCUCUUAAAUAUGGCAGCAAAAAAUUCUAUUGGGAACCUUGGGAGCCUCUUCUUCGGAAACUGGAAACGGAUGGCAUUCUUAAACAAGUAUUUCCUUUGCAUGAUGAACAGAAAAAGAAGGCAAUGUUGAGGAGUUGGGCCCUUAAUUUUUGGGAUUUUACAAGUCAGCCAAUCGAUGACAUAUACCUAUACUUUGGAACCAAGAUUGCUAUAUAUUUUGCUUUCCUUGGAAUGUAUACACGAUGGUUACUAUUUCCAGCAGCAUUAGGGAUUGUCUUGCAUAUAGUAGAUUUCGGAUCGUUGCAGUUUCUAGCUCUUCCUUUGUUUUUCACAAGUAUUAUAACAUGGGCUGUAUUCUUCUUCCAGUUCUGGAAACGUAAAAAUUAUGCUUUACUAACCAGAUGGAACAUCAGCUACACGGUUGGAACAGGACCCGGAUAUAAGAUUUUCGGAAUGGAUUUAAACUCUAGGCAUCAUCCCUUAGAAUUUGCAAAGAAGUUGGAGACAGACAAUGCUAAAGCAAAAGAAGCUUAUCAAAGAGAUGAAUGGUUAGGACGUCUAAAGAGGAUCAGAAAUGAUGCCGUCAUUAUAUUGAGCAUUAUAUGUCUUCAGAUGCCUUUUGAGCUACUUUAUGCUCAUCUCUAUGAAGUAAUUGAAUCAGACAUCAUUAAGUUUGCGUUGACAGCCAUCUAUCUACUGCUUAUUCAAUAUUUUACGAGAAUUGGGGGCAAAAUAUCUGCUGACCUCAUUAAAAAUGAAAAUAUCGAGAAUGAGUAUCGCGCUGACAGCUUGAUUUACAAGUUGUUCGGGCUGUAUUUUAUGCAGACAUAUAUCGGAGUUUUCUAUCAUGCUCUCCUCCACCGCAAUAUUAUGACGCUACGCAAAGUUUUGAUCCAGCGCCUAAUUGUUUCCGAGGUAUUUGAGAAUCUACUUGAAAACUCGUUGCCCUACCUUAAAUACAGCUUUAAGAAAUUUGGAGCUAUUAGGCUCGAGAAGAAGCACAAUAAUGGAUCAUCAACGGGGAAGAUAAAGGUCACUUCAAGGGUAGAGAAAGAGUAUCUCAAAUCUGUUUACUCUGCUAGCAUAGGAGGAGAACUUGAAGAUGGACUUUUUGAUGAUUUCUUGGAAUUGGCGCUGCAGUUCGGGAUGAUAAUGAUGUUUGCAAGUGCAUUCCCCCUCACGUUUGCUUUUGCUGUGGUGAACAACAUCAUGGAGAUCAGGACCGAUGCUCUGAAAUUGCUUGUCAUGCAUAAAAGACCCGUUCCUCGAGCUGCGGCUACAAUUGGCGCCUGGUUGAAUAUAUUUCAGUUUCUAAUAGUAAUGUCGAUUUGCACCAACUGUGCACUUCUGGUUUGCUUGUAUGAUGCGGAAGGGAAGUGGAGAUUAGAGCCGGGACUGGCCGCAAUUUUGAUCAUUGAACAUAUCCUCCUCCUGAUUAAGUUCGGAUUUUCUCGUUUUGUCCCCGAGGAACCUGCGUGGGUAAGAGCGAGUCGUGUGAAAAACGCAACCCAUGCUCAAAACGUUUCUCGAGAACUCUUGAGGACAAUUUCUGGUGUAGAAAAGACGAUAAACCUUGUAGAUGGUACAUAGAAAUACUGGUCUUGUACAUCGGUAUAUAAAAUUUUUGGUAGGUUUUGUUGUAGAUAGUAUAUAGAAGUACACAUUGUUAUAUUGCUUGAAAGAACACUUGUUUCAAGUUGAGAUCUCAUUGAGGAGAAUAUGAGGACUUACCGCAGAGUUUAAGGACGUAGUCAAUAUUGGACGAAGGUCAGCCAUUCGCCUGCCGCCCAUGCCCGUCUUAAAAUCAAGGAAAGUGUUCAAAUACUUGUAAUCCGCUAGUGCCACUAUCAACAUAAUAAAACUGUUCAAAUACCUUGUAAUCCUAGCAAUUUUUGGCCUCUUUUUUUCGAUGUUGAUUUGGAAAAUAGCA